GGCAGACUGGGGAAGGGAGGGCAGAGGCACUGCAGCAGCAUCAGGAUAGUCCAAAGUUUCUGCUGGAACAAAGUAGAACAACAUCAAGAGUCACCAGGAAAAAGGCUGGGGAGUUGGCCAGGAUGGCCUUCUUGCCCUCAGCCACAUCAGUCUUGCUGUUGGGACUGGUGAUUGCUACAACAGGAACAGAAAUGGCUGAGAACAGGACCCGGAUAUGCCAGCCUGCCCCACUCUGGAAGAUUAAUGGGACAGCCCCAAUGACUGGGCUGGAGGGCCAAGUGAAAGUGGUGGCGCUGUUGAAAGCCAGCUGACAGUUCUGUCUCAAGCAGGCUGCCAGCCUUGGCGGCUUGCAGAAGAAGCUCUCUGAUGAAGGGAUGAACCAUGUCAACUUCAUGAUUGUAAAUGAGAAGACUCCUUUUUCCAGAGCAAUGUACUGGGAGCUCAAAAGGCAUGCACCUGAAAGCAUUCCUGUCUACCAACAACAGAUCUGGGAACCUGAUGUUUGGCAUAUUCUAGAUGGGGACAAAGAUGACUUCCUUAUUUAUGACAGGUGCAACAGGCUGGCUUUCCACAUUCAGUUGCCAUAUAGUUUUCUGCACUUACCGUAUGUUGAAGCAGCCGUGCGCUACACAUACCGCAAGGACUAUUGUGGCAAUUGUUCCUGGUACCAUUCCAACAGCAGCCAGGAGGUUAAUAACACAGCAAGUGUCCAUGGUAUAACAACUGAGACUACUGAAGUCCCUCAGAAGAGCAUACUGAAGAGCAAGCAUCAAGAGGAGAGGCAAGAGGCACCUAACACUCAGCAUGUAGCCCAUCAUCAUUCACAUCAUGGAGAAAAAAUCAAACAUAAAGUCUUGAGUUUAACCAGCAGAGAACACUCAUUCUCCCCUUCCCAGAGCCAUUCCCAGAAGCAUCAAGGAGGAACAUCUCAGUAAAAUCUUUCAACUUCCAUGAAACAACAAAACUCAGUAGGUACACCUAUAUUUCCCCAAAAUGAAUAAGAAUAAAACACCAAACUAGUAUGGGAGCAAACCUAUACUGUAUUUAGAAGGAAGAACUCUGAUGGCUGUUUUCAGCAGAGCAAGAGAACUGACUAUCUCAGUUUCUUACUGAAAUUAAUAUUGCCUCUCAUGUGCUUUCUGUUGAUAGCAGAGAGCAUAACACAGCCUUCCGUUUUGUGAUUUAUACAACUGAACAUUAUAAGUGCAUAGCCAAGAUUAAAGUUGUCUUCUUACUUGUGAGUCAACCUCCAGAAUCCUUUGCAUACACUAAUUUUGUUAAGUGCUCUUUAUUAGGGGCUUAGCUGGCUUUUCAGAGUUGUUAUGUUUUAGCAUUGCAGAUUGCUUGAGGUAGCCAUCUUAUUUGCUGAAGGAAUCUAUAGCUAUUAUGGUUUUCUGUUUGUCCUGAAGUCAGUUCUGAUCCUAUCCCCUCUCUUUUUUUUGCCUGAUUUUCUGUACUCAUUGACGCAUGUGGUGUAAACUCUAAUAUUGCAGUCACUGCAGGCUGACACUGUACAGAAAAGUAUGUCAACAGAGAUGAAGGGAUAGGAUCAGAACUAGCAUUUGUAAUCAAAAGGACAGAAAUCAGAAUAUGCUAACUUCAAGCCUGGAGCUCAAGAUUUUAUACACAAUGGUCCAUACACAUAACUAUUCAUUUGAAGACUGUGACAUUUGUGGUAAAGUAAAUGUGGUGGUGGGGAAUCUGUGUUGUGGGAACAGAAGUGGAAUCAGCCAAAUUUAUAAAUGUAUUAAUCUGAGAUGGGAAAAUUUACUUUUUUGAUUACUGCUCCCAGAAUCCUCAUACUAGAUGAUACAUUCUGGAAGUUGAAGUCCAAAAAUUACCGUACAUUUCCAAUAUGUGAUAUUAAUACUUAAUAUAGCCAGACUGAAAGAUUUGGGGUGAGGUUAAAGUAAGCAAUUAUGUGUUUACUCAUACAGUCCAGUCCCACCCUAGUUUACCCAAACUGUUCAUGACUAACUGGGGGGGAAAUACAUUUGUCUCCUUAAUCAAGGAAAAUGAUGGUUGCUGGUGAAAAACAGUAGAACUGUAUUCUGGAAUAGAUGAUAGAAAUAAAGUUUCUUAAAUCAA